AUGAGUGUUUUAAAAGAUUGCCUUCCUGUUGUUCUUGAUCCAAUUACCAACAUUGUCAAUUGCUCCUUCGCCACAUCAACGUUCCCAGAUGAUAUGAAACUAGCCGAAGUUAUUCCCUUUUUAAAAGACGGUGAUCACGAAAUUGCUUCAAAUAAUCGCCCUCUGUCCCUCCUAAAUACUGUUUCAAAAAUUUGUGAGAGAGCUGUUCUCAACCAAUUAAAUUCCUAUUUAACACGCAACAAACGACUUAGUGUACAGCAAAGCGGCAACAAAAAACAGCACUCUACUGAAACUUUAAACUUAUUAAUUACCGAUCAUCUAUUGGAUGCAAUGGACAACAAGAAACUAUCUGCGGUUAUUUUAAUUGACCUCUCAAAAGCCUUUGAUAGUAUCAAUCAUUCAAUCUUAUUAAAAAACUAAGUGCUAUUGGAGUAUCCCAAGAAACAGUUAAAUGGUUUGAAAGCUAUCUAACCAGACGUUUCCAAAAAUUAAAGUCCGCAUUGGUUCAUCUUUGUCUUCAGCUCUCCCUAUUACCCACGGCGUACCGCAGGGGGCUAUUUUGUCACCAUUGCUCUUUUGCAUAUAUACAAACGACCUUCUAACAGUGACGCAAUCAUGUGAUCUGAAUUCGUUUGUUGACGACUCCAAGAUAUCUCUGUCAUUCUCUGUCAAAGAAGUGUCAGACGCCAAACAUAAACUUGAGACUGACCUUCGCCUUGUAGCCGAAUGGUGUUGUAAAAAUUCAUUAUUGAUUAAUCCCGAGAAAACCAAGUUUCUGUUAGUUGGAACGCGACAGUUACUAAAUUCACUAUCAGAUGAUAUGUCUUUGAAUUUUUUAAAUAAGACAAUCGUUCCUGUCACUUCCAUAAGCGACCUUGGAAUAAUCCUGGACCGCAACUUGACAUAUAACGAACAUAUAACCCAGCUUUCAUCAGAGUGCAUGGCUAAACUGUGUCAAAUUAAUCGUGUCAAACAUUGUUUUGAUCAAAAGACGCUGAUUUACAUCAUCUGCGCGGUAGUUAUGGGUAAAUUAUAUUACUGUUCAACAGUUUGGUCAAACACGAGUUCUUUAAAUAUUAAGAAACUACAAGCCGUCCAAAAUUUUGCGUGCAGAAUCCUAGGUAAUGGGAAAAAAAUUGAUCAUAUUACACCUAUCCUUAAAGAUAUUGGUUGGCUCCCUGUUAAAGAGCACCUGUUGUUCAAAGAUUUGGUCAUGAUCUACAAAUGUAUAAAUAGUCUCACUCCAACAUAUCUGUGCGACCUAUUUCUGAAACGUAAGGAACUAAACAAUCGCGCCACAAGAAACAAUGAAGCACUACAUAUUCCCCUAUUUUCAACCACCACAGGACAAAGAAGUUUUCGAUAUAGAGCUGUUGGGUUAUGGAAUAGUUUAGACAAUGAGUUGAAAAAACUCCCAUUAGCAACAUUUAAAAUCAAAUUAAAAGAGUUCUUACUAAGUCGAUAUUUUGAAACUUGA